AAAGCCUUUACCAGGGACAGACGCUACGCUGACGUUAUUCCCUUCAGCCACGUCUUUGUCACGUGGCUUUGACAUCACUUUCUCCUGAAAGUGAGGACGUUCAGCAUUUUAAUGUGCCUGAAACAAAAAGCUGAAAAUCACAUCGCUCAUAGAAAGUUCUGAAGCGUCUGGCAGUUAUGUCUAAGCAUGUGUUUUUAACUGGACCCCCAGGGAUUGGAAAAACUACUCUGAUUCAGAAAGCUGUAGAAGCUUUAAAAUCAUAUGGCUAUUCCAUUCAUGGAUUUUACACAGAAGAAGUAAGAGUAGGCGGAAGAAGAGUAGGGUUUGAUGUUGUAACCUUGGCUGGAAAACGUGGUACCUUAUCUCGAAUCAGCUCUGGUAUACAAGAAAAGUGUAAAUACAUGGUUGGACAGUAUGCUGUAGACUCCUCUUUUGAACAACUGGCUCUUCCAGUACUUACAGAUGUAAGUAAAGAAAAGCACAAAACAAUAUGUAUCAUUGAUGAGAUUGGAAAAAUGGAACUCUUUAGCCAGUCAUUUAUUCAUGCUGUCCAAAAAACCCUGGAUUGUGAUACUGCUUUCAUAUUUGGGACUAUUCCAGUUGCGAAAGGGAAGCCGCUUCUACUUGUUGAAGAAAUAAAAAAUAGAGCAGAUGUGAGAAUAUUAAUGUAAAUUACAAGAGAAAACAGAGAUGCUAUUAUGCAAGAAAUAGUGACAGCAAUACAAGACUGCUGUAAAUAA